AUGGGCCUGUUGCCGGACCCGAAGAACGCAGCCAGCCUCUCCCUGCUGAAAGGCACACAGGCCCAGGUGGACCUGAUCUUGGAAAGGAUAAAUGCCAUCAGCACGGAGAACGACUAUGAGCGGAGCUUCGAAUCAAAGUUUGUGAAGACUUCAGAGGCCGUCAAUAUGGAUGUUGCAGCCUUCAAGUUUCUGCAGAUCCUGCUCAUUACGGGUGUGGCUGCUUUUCAGAUCCACAACCUGGCCAAGUUCCUGCGAAGGAACAAGUUCUUGGAGUGCUGCCUCCCACUGGCCAUGCGCAGCAAGCCCGCUGUACCCAACAGAGUCAUGACGCUGGCCAAGUCUGAUGUCGCGGCUACAUCAACACGUCGGGUGGCUGAGAUCGGAUCGAAACAAGCAUCGCCGUGCAUUUCGCCAUGCAGAACGCAUGUGGCUACAGGUAACAGAAAGAUCAUCCGAUGGGCUGGCUCUCACCGGCAGUGCGGAGCUUCUGGCUGCUCUUCGCAGCUGAGCUGGCCUUGCAAGCUGCACGGGCGAGUGCAUCAUCAGCCACAGCGCGGAGAGCUGCAGAGGAGUCACGCGGCCCGCCAUGGACGUAUGCGAACCAGGGCCAGUGGGACAAGCUCAGCGGUUCCAAGUGCGGCGGCUUCGGGGACCAGUCGCCUAUCGAUAUCAAACUGUAAAAGCUUCAGCAGCGCGGUCCAGCAUAGCCCGCCGAACCUGGGAAGAUCCAGAUCUCCGCCAGAAUCCAGAAUCAAAAUUUCAGAUGAUCUGGAGAUGAUCCUCCCGCAAGCUGGCAGUCGACAUGCCCGCGUGAGCAGCUAUCGAGUCGCGGCCAGUUCCAGAGCUGCUGCGCGCCUGGAUUCACAGCUGGCAGCUAUGUAUCUGGAUCCCUUCCGCGGCGACAUGCCAAGGAAUUGCAAGGUAUGCCAGCAGGUCUUCAGGAUGGGAGAGCUGAUUCUGGGUUACAUGCUCGAAGAUCUCAUGUUGCGCCCAAAGUGGAUCCACAUCAAAUGCGUGCGGCGUGCACGGCUUCAGACUGUCGGGCAGCGAGUUGCCCACAAUCCUACAAUCUCUGAAGCUACUCUGCAAGAAGCUCUCUUGGAUCUGGGACAUACGCCACGGCAGCCAGAGAAGCUAGUCUGCUGGAGCUACUUGCCAGCAUCGGUACACAGGUCGAAUUCUGAGCAUUCGGAGCAGGCCUCGACUCAAACCAUGGCCGGCUCGAGUGUUUGGGCAGAGCUCUUCAACUCCCUGCCGGAGCCACAAUCGGACUAUCCGCCCUUGGAUGAAAGGCCUUUUCCGGAGCGUUUCACCGACGACUUCUUCAGGGACCGCCUGCCGGAGCUCGAGUUCCGCCUCGAGGAGGCAUGCGUCAAGGGCAAUAUCCAGGAGGUGCACGACCUUAUCCUCGAGGGUGCGAACAAGAAUGCACCGUUGGAUAAGGAGCUCAAGACGCCGCUGAUGAUAGCCUGUCAACUUGGCUGGUUUCACUUGGUGAAGUGGCUGGUUGAGUUUGAGGGAGUGGACAUGGAUGGGCCGAUUUCCAGAUGCGGGUUCAGAGCCAUCGAUUAUGCUGGGAAGGAGCAAUUCCGUUGGCCGAACGAAGAGGUAGAGAUCGCUGAUUACCUGAGGAGCAUGGGUUCCAACUACACGUGGUGGGGUGCGUGCUUUUCCGGCGACAUCGAGCGCAUUGACGAAUACCUUCAGAACGGCCAGGACGUCAACGAGAUCAACCCGGUCCUGUGGAAUUACAACGCAGUAGACUGUGCCAUGCACGGAGGAUGUGGCAAGGCUGCCCAAUUUCUCGUUGCCCGUGGCGGCAUCAUCACAGUAAGAAACUGUCAUAUUCCUGUCUGGGAUGACAUGCUGUGGAGCAUUGGGCGUGGCGAUGCCUUUAUGUAUAAGCACUGGUUCUUGAGCCGCGAAGCUUGCUUGUGUUGCCAUGCAUAUGAUGCUGCUGUUGAUCAGAAGUUUCGGUUCUGGCCUGCCCUGGGCACAGAGAUGAUGCACGCGCUUCAGACCCCACUGCGCUCUCAUCGGGUGGCGGCUUCAUCAGGCGAAUUCAAUCUUCACAGCAUGUGCUGCGGCAGCUUGUGCGGAUCUUCACAAUCAACAACUGCUACAAACGAUUGGCAAAAUUCCUGGCAGCUUGCAAUGGAUGCGUUUCGAAGCAGCAGAAGCUGCUCAGAAGCCUCCUUUGCAGCUAUGACUAUCAUGUCUGCGUUCUCCAAGUCCCAGCAAUGGCUGCUUGCAGUGGCAACGAUGCGCGGGGUGCGACAGGUGCAAGUGGAGGCCAACACGAUCAUGUUUAGCUCCGGCCUGGCCAGCUGCUCCAAGAAAGGGCUCUGGAAAGAACAAGUGCACUUUCUUGAAGAGAUGUCCCAACAUGGUAUUUCAAGCUCUUCGUGGACGUGGAAUCCAACUAUUACGGGGUGUGGCAAGGCCAACGAGUGGACAAAAUCACUAGCCACCCUGUCACAGAUUCCUCGCCAUACGGUUCUCCUCAGUAACACGUUCAAUGCUGUGAUCAACGCUCUCGGCACCGCUACGUGGCAAAAGUCUCUACGAAGCUUCAGUACCAUGGAAACGCUCCGAGUUUCGCCGGACUCCAGAAGCUACACAUCGAUUGCCAGCACUGUUGGGAGCAGUCUUGAGUGGGCAAGUGCCUUGAACCUAUUUCAUAAGCAUGCUCAGAGCGGACUACAGAUCGACGCGGUCAGUGUGAAUGCUGCCAUCAGUGCAUGUGAAAAAUCGUCGAUGUGGCAGCAUGCAUUGAGCUUGCUUUUCAGCGUGCGUCGGACGUCCCGCGACUACAUCAGAAAUAUUGCCAGCUACAACGGAGUCAUCAGUGCCUGUGGGAAAGGUUUCGCAUGGAGGAUAGCCGUUUCUUUACUGGACGACGCAGCAAAAUCGUCGUUCAUCCCCGACACGAUUUCGUUCAAUGCCGCGUUGAAUGCAUGCGACAAGAGCAGCCAAUGGGUCGUUGCGGUAGACAUUCUCAGAAGAAUGCAGUCGGACAGAGUCCAAGUUGAUGCCAUCACGUAUACUUCUGUGCUUGGUGCAUGCGAGCACUCCGGGCAAUGGGAGAUCACACACAUUCUGUUGCACAGGGUCAUUGAUGGCGGCUACGACGAGUGGAAGCGAGAAGACAUUGAUUAUGUCCACUACUAUCAAGCGGGAGCACCUGCAGACUGCCUGAAACAUCUAAUCCUCUGCGCCUUGCUCGAGCACUCAGUGCAGGAAGCGGAUCCGUUUCUGUACAUUGACACCCAUGCUGGAUCGGGCUUGUACGACUUGAGCUCGCAGGAAGCGAUGCGGUUCGAAAACUACCGCAGUGGCAUUCAGAACUUAGCCACUUCUCAACAGGCAACCACUUUGCGCACCAUGCAUGGCUUCUUCAGCGCUGUUCGAUUGGUGAAUUUCGCACUUGGAGAAGAAUCGCUUCGCUACUACCCUGGUUCACCGGCUAUCGCACAACACUUCUUGCGGCCUCAAGAUUCAGCCCUGGUUUUUGAGGCAUCAAGGGAAGUGUGCGAAGUCCUCCAAGACAGCCUGCUGAAGCUAAAACAAGAUGCAGGCUCUGCUUUGUCAACGACAGUUGUCUGUGCGAACUCCUAUGAAUGGUUCGCCAGAUAUCGUGAAGUCCCUGCAACGUCAACCUCCAGGGUGCUUGCUCUACUCGAUCCACCUUACGAUUCAGCAAGCUCGUCCGACAAAUGGAAUUUGUUUCUCCUGAAACACCUGAAAAUGAGAUGGCCUUCCAGCUGCAUCUUGCUGUGGUGUCCUCACAUCGCCGACAACGAGAUGACUCGCUUUCAACAGCGUCUGGUCAAUCUGCAAGUGGGUGAUGUACUUGCAGCAGAUGUCAAGACACUCACUGAAGCCUCUGCUGGAGAUCUCACGGAGUCAAGGUCAUCCGUGCUUGUCGUUAACCCGCCUGCUGCUCUUGAGAAGCAGCUGGGCCCUGUCUUGGAAGAAUUGCAAAAAAGCCUCUCAAAGGGAGACUUCUGCCGUGCUGCCUCGACAUCUCUGCGAAUGCUGCCGAAAAAGGCUGAAGCUGCAACGGUGCCUGGGCAAGCUGUGCGCUUGCAGACGCGUGGACAUGCAUCCAUCUUGGGCGGACUGGUCUGGAAUUAUUCCUGGCCUUUGGUGAAUGUACUCCUGGGCACGACCCCACGAGGGUGGCAGGUCUUGCUCCAGUCACCGUACGACACCACGACAGUCCUUACCUUUAUUAAUGGGAAGCAAUUUUACUUGCGCAGAAUUGAAUUCACGUCCCCCUCCGAGAACAGUCUGGACGGGGAAAGUUUCGACAUGGAGAUGCAGCUCGUGCACAAUGCAGCUGCAGAUGGCCAGCUCCUUGUCACUUCUGUUUUUCUGAAGGUUGGACUUGUGGAGGGCAACGAGUAUCUGAACACGUUUUGGCCACAGUUUCCAUCUACAGUCAGCGAAGAUGGGGUUCAGGCUGAGAUCGCGAACCCCUUCUAUGCGCUCCCAGGUGACAGGUCGCUUUAUGCAUUCAAUGGCAGCUCCACGGUCCCUCCCUGCGGGACUGACACCAUCUGGAUGGUCUUCAAGCAGCCGCUGAUGAUCAGCAGGGCGCAGCGCGACCUUUACAGGGCUGCCCUGAAUCUGAGCGCCCCGACGGGCUUCCUGCGCUUCGGAUCUGCUCCAUCAGGCGUUGUGCAGCCCUGGAAUACCGAUUUGGGCAUGAACACUCGGCUUCCGCAGCCUCAGGGGGUGCGGCAGGUUGCAUUCUUUCCGAUGUCGAACCCACCAAGUCAGAUGCCCUUCGACUUAACUAGUGGCCACUUCUGGGGUUUCUUUGGAAUCGGCCUGCUGCUCCUGUCGGUUUUCGUCGGCGUUCUGGCAUUGCUUUGCUUGCUGUGCUCCGGUGGCGCACGUGCCAAGGGCCGGGCGCGGAGCAAGGAAGUGUUUCACCGCAGUGAAGAAACCGACGAGGACCGGCAGCCUUUAUACAGGUCACCUGAGCCUGCACCGACGCAGAUGCAUCGCAUGCCUAUGCCUACGCAGCCGCAGUGGCCGGCUAACGCAGGCAGAGGUAUGAUGACGCGGCCUCAAAUCCCUCAGAUGUCUGGCGCACGUGCGCCUGCGAUGACCCAGCCCAUGAACUUCGGCGGCGCGCCGCAAACCCGCUUCGUAAUGCGACAGUAG